GAGAAAUUUGCUACAAAUCGCCGGAUACAUAGGGGGGGAGUUCCGGUCGGGAUCCCGCUCUGUCCCGAGAGCGCGGGACCGGGAAUGGGGGAGGAUAGCAGCCCCAUCAGCGUUAUCCUGGUCAGCUCGGGCAGCCGGGGCAACAAGCUGCUCUUCAGAUACCCCUUCCAGCGGCACCGGCGGCAGCAGGGCGAGCAGACCAGCAAGCCCAGGAGUCCCUACGCAUUGCACAGUACGCCGGAGGGCACUGAAGACCAAGAUGGGGACUCGAGGUUCUCCGAUGCCAUCCUGGCCACCAUCUUGGCCACCAAGUCCGACAUGUGCGGCCGGAAGUUCGAGCUGAAGAUUGACAACGUGCGGUUUGUGGGCCACCCGACCCUACUGCAGCAACCGCUGGGCUUCCAGGUCUCCAAGCUGGACCCCUCCCCAAAGCGGGAGAUGCCUACCAUGAUUCUCUUCAACGUGGUGUUCGCGUUGCGGGCGAACGCGGACCCCUCGGUCAUUGGCUGCGUGCACACGCUGUCGCGCCGGCUGGCCGUGGUCCUGCAGCACGAGGAGCGCCGUUGCCAGUACCUGACCCGCGAGGCGAAGCUGAUGUUGGCCAUCCAGGACGAGGUGUCCGCCAUGUCUGACGGCGACGGGUCCCAGUCACCCUUCCACCAUAUCCUGCCCAAGUGCAAGCUGGCGUCCGACCUGAAGCAGGCCUUUGACAGCCUCUGUACCACGGGCAUCAUCCACCUGCACGUCAACGACUGGCUGGAGCUCAGUUUCUGUCUGCCGCACAAGGUCCACCGGCUGGGCCCCGACUGCAUCCCUCCGCACGCCAUCGAGAAGAGCCUGAAAGCCAUCCGGCCGUACCACGCCCUGCUGCUUCUGGAUGAGGAGAAGGCCCUGCUGGGUCAGCUGCCCGUGGACUGCUCGCCCGCCCUGGUGAGGGUCAUCAAGACCACGUCGGCAAUGAAGAACCUACAGCAGCUUGCCCAGGACGCUGACCUGGCCUUACUGCAGGUUUUCCAGCUGGCUGCCCACUUGGUGUACUGGGGCAAGGCGAUAAUCAUCUACCCGCUGUGCGAGAACAACUUCUACAUGCUGUCCCCCGACGCUGACAUCUGUGUGUACUCUCCCCUGGCCGAGCGAUUUUCCCGGAGAUUCCCUGGAAACAACCUCCUCAGUGUGCUGUCCAAGUUCUCCCUGCCCACCUCGUUGUCACAGUUCAAGAACCCGCUGGCACCUCCCAUGCAGGAGGCCCAGUUGGUCCAGAUGGUGAUCUGGAUGCUACAACACCGGCUGCUGACCCAGCUCCACACCUACGUCUGCCUGCUGGCGCCUCCGAGCGAGCCCGAGGCGCUGUGCCGGGCCGAGGAGGACAGGAUGCUGCCCGCCCGAGUGGGCGGCCGGAGCCUCAGCACCCCCAACGCCCUCAGCUUCGGCUCGCCAACCAGCAGCGAUGACAUGACUCUGACCAGCCCCAGCAUGGACAACUCCAGUGCCGAGAUCCCCCCCGGGGGCGACUCGCCCCUCGGCAAGCGCAUGACAGAGAACCUGCUGGCCAGCCUGACUGAGCACGAGCGGGAGGCCAUCCAGAACAUUCCGGCCGCCCAGAACCCAGACGACCUGCGCAUGCUGGCCAAGCUCCUGCACUAUUUCCGUGGCAAUCACCACCUGGAGGAGAUCAUGUACAACGAGAACAUGAGGCGCUCGGUCCUGCUGACCCUCAUCGACAAGUUCCGUAGCGUGCUUGUGGUUCGGCAUCACGAAGACCCCGUCAUCUCCGUCUUCCAGACCCCCUCUGUGUAACGGAGGGCGCGUAGGCUGGCUCCUCCACUUUCAAACAAUCCGUGGCAGUCGGGCACUGAGAUAGAGGGAUUUGGUCUGUGUCAGGAGUGGUGUGUGCAUGAGAAGCGGGGUCAAAGGGCAGAGCAUACAUAUUAUUGAUAGUGUGUGAUGGGACGGUGUGGAGGGAGCUUCACUCUGUGUCUGACCCCGGGAGUGCGUGAUGGGACGGUGUGGAGGGAGUUUCACUCUGUGUCUGUCCCCGGGAGUGUGUGAUGGGAUGGUGUGGAUGGAGUUUCACUCUGCGUCUGACCCUGGGAGUGUGUAAUGGGACGGUGUGGAGGGAGUUUCACUCUGUGUCUGUCCCCGGGAGUGUGUGAUGGGACAGUGUGGAGGGAGUUUCACUCUGCGUCUGACCCUGGGAGUGUGUAAUGGGACGGUGUGGAGGGAGCUUCACUCUGUGUCUGACCCCGGGAGUGUGUGAUGGGACGGUGUGGAGGGAGCUUCACUGUGUGUCUGACCCCGGGAGUGUGUGAUGGGACGGUGUGGAGGCUGUUUCACUCUCUAUCUGACCCUGGGAGUGUGUGACUGGGUGUUAUGGAGAGUGUUUCUCUCAGUCCAAUCUCCAGUGGAAUUUCUACUGAAGUCUGCAUCUCCUGUGAUUGAAUUGAUCGACAUUUCAGGUGAUGUAAGCACUGUGUUGUUGAGAACUGUGAAUAAAUUAAGGCCGCACGGGAGGCCAGUUCCUACAGGGCUGCGAGAGCUCGUGUGAAAUGGGUACGGUUACUGGAUUUAAAUUCUUUCUCGGAUUUCCCCACUUCCGGGGUGAAGGCGUCACUCGCUCACUGGACUGGGAAUGUCAGGGAGUGAGCCGAGGACAUGGGUGAGGAUAGCUGGUGUUCAGCGGAGGCCAAAGGGGGAGGGGAGAAGAUAACCUGGCGUUCGGGUGAAUGGGGGGGUGGAGAUAAGAGGGAAUUGAAAGAGACGGGAUGGUGGGGGAAGAGGGGAGAAGCAGGAAGAGUGUAGGUGGGAAGGAGAGGAGAAUGGAGCGAGGGAGAAGGGAUUGGAGGGAGGAAAGGGGAAGUGGGAGAGGUGGAGAAUAUGUUGGACGCUGCAUCUCUGGAAGAGAAAUUGACUGCAUCGCAGGAGCACGUUUUUUAUUAAGCCGUCAGUUUUUCACACAGUCCCAAAAUGUGAAAAUAUAUGUACAGUGUGGAAAAGAACAAAAAUAUAUUUAUAUUUAUA